CACACUUUUCUAAUUUGUUCCCUAUUCUUUAACACAACUUGGCAUAGUAUUACAUUUGAUGUGAAAUGAUCCACAUGGAAUACUGAUAUUGGCAGGUAACAUAACAGUUGCCUAAUUUGGAGGACUUUUUACUUUCUCCCAAUCUCAAACUGAUAUAAAAGCAAGCUGCAGCUGGUUCUCAGUGCUCCAACAUGAUUUGGCUUGUGGUUCUUCUGUCCUGUGUCGGGCUGAUUUGUGCCAAAGAACCUCUCAACUACAAAGUUCACAAUGAGAGGGUCAUAGGGGGCAGUGAUGCUAAACCCAACACCUGGAAGUGGCAGGUUUCUCUGCAGUAUGAUUCGUACAAUGAUGGUUCAUUCUACCACAUCUGUGGAGGCUCUGUUGUUCAUAGUUCCUACAUCAUGACUGCAGCUCACUGCAUCCUCAGCAUGGUUGCUCGUCAGUACCGUGUGGUGGUGGGUGAGUAUAACCUGGAUAAGUACGAGGGCAGUGAGCAGUUGAUCCGUGUGGAUAACAUUGUAGUCCAUCCCAACUGGAAUGGUGAUCUUGCCCACGGAAAUGAUAUUGCUCUCUUGAAACUGGCUGAUCCCAUCUAUAACAAUGGUUACGUGGCUAUAGCUGACCUCCCCUACCCUGACCAGACGCUGGCUAAUGGCUUCACCUGUUAUAUCACCGGCUGGGGAUUAAUGGACUAUGGAGGUAGCAUCCCUUCCAUCCUACAGGUGGCUGCCAUUAAUGUGGUAGCGCAUUCAGUCUGCUCCCAGCCUGAGUGGUGGGGCAGCAUUGCUCUGGAAACCAUGGUGUGUGCUGGAGGGGAUGGAAUCGUAUCAGGCUGCCAGGGUGACUCUGGAGGUCCUCUGAACUGCUAUACUGAUGGAGCCUGGAGAGUUCACGGUGUUGUCAGUUACGGCCCAGCUGGUAUGUGCAACCAGCUGUAUAAGCCCACUGUCUUCACCAGAGUCUCUGCCUUUGAAGACUGGAUGUUUUCAGUAAUGGGUCUUGUUUAAGUGGCACCGUGGUACUUCAAAUUCUCAAAUGAAACCUGCAAAAUAAAAUUUACAUGCAUCUCAUUCA